CACUUGGACAUGGAAAACAGUCUGGCAACCCUAGUACACACGAGGGCUCGCUUUGAGCGUUCAGUCGAAGCUCCCUUUCUCUGGUGUCGCCGUGAGAAACCGGCUCUUGCUGUGUUCUUUGAAAGAAAAAACGAUUUACAUGUUUUAUAACGUCAGAUACUUGAAAAGAACGUUUUGGAGGUGGUUAUAAAUCCAACUGGGUGGCUAUUAUUCACCACAUAGCUAGCAUAGCUUAUACAUAAAUACCCACGAUGGACUCGACAGACACUGCCCCUGAUUCCUGGGAACAGGAGGACGAUGUUGAGGCCCCGACCGACCAACUUCAGUCUGCCUUUACCGGGCUUAAUGUCAACGCGAGGCCGUUCGUUCCUAACAUUAACGCCCCUGAAUUCGUACCGACUUUUUUUCAGGAGUCUCCAGAAAACAAAGGGUCCAACGGUACUGAAACUGUCGUUAGUCUGGAAGAUUCGGAAACGGUUGCGCCGGUGGAGAACGGAGCGGCAGACAUGAACACGGAGGAGACGUGGGAGCAGAAGGAGGAGCCUGGAGAUUCGGAACCCGGAGGCGGGCCCUUCAGAGACGGGGACACCGCUGAUACCGCUCAGCAGGAGAUGGAGGAAGAGGAGGAGGUGCCAAUGCCAAAAGUAGCCCCCGCCCCUCCAGAUGCCCCCAAAAAAGAGCAUGUCAACGUGGUGUUCAUUGGACACGUGGAUGCUGGCAAGUCAACUAUCGGUGGGCAGAUCAUGUACCUGACAGGGAUGGUAGAAAAGCGCACGCUGGAGAAAUAUGAGAGAGAGGCGAAGGAGAAGAACAGAGAAACUUGGUACCUCUCCUGGGCCCUGGACACAAACCAGGAGGAGAGGGACAAGGGGAAGACGGUGGAGGUGGGGCGGGCCUUCUUUGAGACAGAAAAGAAGCACUUUACUAUCCUGGAUGCACCAGGCCAUAAAAGCUUUGUCCCCAACAUGAUUGGCGGUGCGUCACAAGCGGACUUGGCAGUGUUGGUCAUCUCUGCCAGGAAGGGAGAGUUUGAGACUGGCUUUGAAAAGGGUGGCCAAACCAGGGAGCACGCCAUGCUGGCGAAAACAGCGGGAGUGAAACACCUGAUAGUUCUCGUCAACAAAAUGGAUGAUCCCACAGUGAACUGGAGCUUGGACAGAUAUGAAGAAUGCAAGGAGAAACUCGUGCCAUUUUUGAAGAAGGUUGGCUUUAACCCUAAAAAGGACAUUUAUUUCAUGCCCUGUUCUGGACUCACAGGAGUCAACCUGAAGGAACCUGCAGACUGUUGCCCUUGGUAUACGGGGUUACCAUUCAUUCCACAUCUGGAUAGUCUGCCAAACUUCAACAGAUCAAGUGACGGACCAGUCAGAUUACCCAUAGUUGACAAAUACAAGGAUAUGGGCACAGUGAUCCUUGGCAAGCUGGAGUCUGGGUGUAUUAGUAAAGCACAGCAGCUCGUCAUGAUGCCAAACAGGCACACGGUGGAGGUGCUGAGCAUGCUGUCAGACGAUGUGGAAACGGACGACGCGGACCCCGGGGAGAACCUGAAGCUGCGGCUGAAGGGCAUCGAGGAGGAGGAGAUCCUGCCCGGCUUCAUCCUGUGCAACGCCGAGAACCUCUGCCACUCCGGGCGAACGUUCGACGCCCAGAUUGUGAUCAUUGAACACAAAUCAAUCAUCUGCCCAGGUUACAACGCAGUUCUACACAUCCAUACUUGCAUUGAAGAAGUGCAAAUUUCAGCCUUAAUUUGCCUGGUCGACAAAAAGACUGGUGAGAAGAGCAAGACGAGACCUCGCUUUGUCAAACAAGACCAAGUAUGCAUCGCUCGCCUGCGAACUGCAGGAACAAUCUGCCUUGAGACCUUCAAAGACUUCCCCCAGAUGGGACGGUUUACCCUGCGAGAUGAAGGCAAGACCAUUGCUAUCGGCAAGGUGUUGAAGCUGGUGCCAGAGAAGGACUAAAUAAAAUGCGAGGAGGUUCUGUCGUAGUCGACUGAUUACAGAGGUGGAUCCUGCGAAGGUCCCCUUCCCAGGCCUCCCUUCUUAUCGAAGAUUAUUUGAAAACACCUUUAGGAAACCAACCAAGUGAAAGAAAUCAGUUUUUAAGAAAAACAACAUAAAACAGAACCACCUCCAUGUGUCAGCUUUCUCAUAUUGAGAGCUCAGCUAUGCCAUGUUCCCUGACCAUGACAACCUCCCACCCCAGUGAUCUGCACUUCCAAUGACAAUGAAUGCCUUUCUUCUAAACUGCUUUGCUUCCUUCAGAGAGAAAGUGGCACAGUUGCAUUAAUGUAGACCUAAGGUCUGCUUCCAAAAAUAUAAGAGAAAUUCACUGAAACCAAAAUAAUGUAAGACUUUGGUUGUACAUGUCUCCCUUGCUUAAAUACGGAUUGGUUUGUCAACAGGAAAUGUUCCAGCCAUGAACACGUGUUCACGUGUUAUUAAAACAACCACAGUGACAAUAAAAUAUUAAAUUGAAUAA